AUGGCGGAGCCCUCAAAGUUCUCUCAGCUGUCCGCGACCACGCAAAUGGUGACGAUCAUAAUAGGCUCGUCCGCCGUGGCCAUUGUGGUGCUCAUUUGCCUGGCGAUCGUCAGGAGGCUGCUGAGCUGGCUCUGCUCGUGCACCGGGGCCUGGCUGCCCCAGGGUCGCUCGUCUGGGGAUGCGGGGGAGCCGCUGCUACAGGAGGACGCGGAGGUGGAUCGCCCCCGGCCUUCCGCUUCUGAGAGCCAAUCGCACGCGCCCAGGAAGAACCUGAAGGCCUUGGUGAAGGAGUCGCAGAGGGCGGCCAAGGCCAAAAAGCAGUCUGCUACCGACCCUGCUCAGAAGCACCCACUGUUUCUGCACACUCUCAGGGUAUACUUGUGGCUCUGGUUGGGAGAAAGAUUCUCUGUCUGGAGUAGCUUGGAGCCCCAAUGGCACUGCGCUGUGCACAGCAUGCGAUGA